GGUGCAUAUGAACCAACUUCUCAGCUCUGGCUCUGCUUCAAGUCAAGGAUCUACCCUGAAAUGUUAUAACUGUGUCCCCGGGACCCCUGGAGGAAGUUGUGUGGCCACUCAAGAGACAUGUGGCUAUAAAAAAGACACCUGUGUGUCUGCCAGAUUCACCAUCCCUCCCUAUUCUUACUUCCGGAGGUGCAUUAGCAUGGCAGACUGCAUGAUUCUUCAGUCCAGUCCCAAUAUUAAAGCCAAGUGCUGUCAGACGGAUCUGUGCAACACCAACAACCCUAGGAAGACCACCUUGUUAUCCCUAAUGAAAAAGAAGUUUAUUCAAGUGUACUAUUAG